CGUCGGGUCCGGCCCCUCGUCCCGCGGUGGACGCCGGCCGGGCCGGGCCGGAGAUGGGCGACCCCCGCCGCGGUGGGCCCGAGGCCCCGGGACGGCUGCCGGACCACGAGCGCCACCCUCAGGGGUCGGCCCCGGGCAGCGGAGAGGUCAAGAGCCGGGCGGUGGUGAAGUAUUCGGCCGCCCCGGCCCGGGCCGCCUUCGCCCAGCUCGAAGAGAAGACGGACCUCAAGCUGCCGCCCGCCAACUGGCUACGGGAAAGCGCCAAGCUGGGACCCGCCGGAACCACCAUCCUUGGCACCGGGAAGAAGAGCAAACCCUUCUCCAGUUUCGGGAUGGCGUACGACUUCAUCGACUCCGUCGGGAACGACGUGGACGUCGUGUCCGAUUCCGAGAACAUCAAAAAACUCCUGAAGAUCCCGUACAGCAAGUCUCACGUCAGCAUGGCGGUGCACCGCGUGGGCCGGACGCUGCUCCUCGACGAGCUCGACAUCCAGGAGCUCUUCAUGCGGUCGUCGCAGACGGGCGACUGGACCUGGCUGAAGGAGUUUUACCAGAGACUCAUCGACCAGAAGUGGCAGAGAAAGAAGAAGAGCAAAGAGCACUGGUACCAGAAGGCCAUCCUCUCCAAGUUCUUAUAUUACAGCAUUAACGGCGAUGGAGCAGCCCAGCAGGUCCCCGCGGCGGGCUCGGAGCCGGGGGCCGCUCCCGGCCCGGGCCGGGCGGGCCACUCCGAGGGGGCGUCGUGGCCCGCCCCGUUUGAAUUGCCCUCCUCCGUGCCCGAGGACCCGAGCUCUUCCAAUCAGGGCCUUAAAAACGACUUUGUGCGGAAUAUCCUGUGGACCUUCGAAGAUAUUCACAUGUUGGUAGGCUCCAAUAUGCCGAUAUUCGGAGGGGGACGGUAUCCCGCCGUCAGCUUACGGCUCAGGGAUAACAACAAACCCAUUAACGUGCUCACCGGGAUCGACUACUGGCUGGACAACUUGAUCUGCAACGUGCCGGAGCUGGUCAUGUGUUUCCACGUCAACGGGAUCGUGCAGAAAUACGAGAUGAUCAAGACGGAAGAGAUCCCCAACUUGGAGCACUCCAACUUCUCCACCAAGGUGGUCAAAGACAUCGCCCAGAACAUCCUGUCCUUCCUCAAGUCCAACUGCACCAAGGAAGGGCACACGUACUGGCUGUUCAAAGCCAGCGGCAGCGACAUCGUCAAGCUGUACGACCUCACCACCCUGUGCGAGGAGACGGAGGACAAAUACCAGAACCCGUUCACCAUGCCCGUGGCCAUUCUCUUGUACAAGGUUGCCUGCAACAUGAUGAUGAAGAAAAACCAAAAUAAGAAACACUACGGAACCAUCAGAACGCUGCUCCUUAAUUGUGUCAAGCUGCUGGACAAGGGCAGGCAUCCGCAAAUCAUCGCCUCGGCGAACUUCAUGCUGUCCGAGCUCUUCCAGCUGGACGAGCCCAAAAAGGAGGAGACCUCUCCCUUCAACGAGAACUCGGACGAGAGCUACAGCGAGGAGGAGGAGGAGGACGAGGAGGAGGAGGAGGAAGAGCCGCCGGACAGCGACGAGAACGGCCGCGCGGGCGCCGACCGGCCGGACGACAGCAAAGCGGUGGCCGUCAUCGAGUCCGUCGGGGAGCUGUCCGUCCCCGAGAAGUACAAGUCCAUCCACCAGAUCAGGCCCAGUUGUGCGUUUCCAGUUUGCCACGACACGGAAGAGCGUUGCCGCCUGGUGCUCGGCUACGUCCUGGAGGGUUUGAAGUCGGUGGACGGCAGCGUCAAGAGGGAGGGCGACCUCCCGGCCGCGGACCCCAACACCCCAAUCCCCUUAAAGUACGAGGACGAGUCCGCCGGCGGUGGCCCGCCGACCCUGGACAAACAGAUGGCCUUGUUUUUGGACAAAAUGGGCUCCCUGGAGGUGGGCAAGCAUUCCAGCCAGUCGGGAAUGAUCCCGGGUUCUUGGCAGCAUAAGAUGAAGCUCCAGCUGAUCCUGAAGUCGUCGAAGGCCUAUUACGUCCUGUCGGAUGCCGCCAUGAGCCUGCAGAAGUACGGCCGGGCCCUGCGAUACAUCAAAUUGGCCCUACAGAGUCACGAUACUUACUGCUGCCUGUGCACGAACAUCCUGGCGGACGCCCUGCUGUUCCUGUCUCAGUACCUGACUCUGUGCGGCGACAUCCAGCUCAUGCUCGCCCAGAACGCCAGCAACCGAGCCGCCUACCUCGAAGAGUUUCACUACCAGACCAAGGAAGACCAGGAGAUCCUGCACAGCCUGCGCAGGGAAGCCAGCUGCCAAGGUUUCGCUUGGGCCACCGACCUGUCCACGGACCUGGAGUGCCAGCUGUCCGUCAGCUGCAAGUGCUACGAGGCGGCCAACGAGAUCCUGCUCUUCGGCGACCUGAAAGGCCGGAACCCAGAGCACCGGAGCCAGGUGCUGAAGAGAAUGGGCAACAUCCGCAACGAGAUCGGCGUCUUCUACAUGAACCAGGCCGCCGCCCUCCAGACCGAAAGAGUGGCGAGCAGGAGCGUGUCGGCCUCCGAGCAGCAGCUGUGGAAGAAGAGCUUCUCCUGCUUCGAGCAGGGCAUCCGCCACUUCGAGGCCAUCGAGGACGCCACCAACGCCGCCCUGCUGCUGUGCAACACGGGCCGCCUCAUGCGCAUCUGCGCGCAGGCCCACUGCGGCGCCGCCGCCGUCGCGGGCGGCCAGCGCGAGUUCUCCCCCGAGGAGGCCCUCUACUACCAUAAGGCUAUCGAUUAUUACCUGAAGGCGCUGAGGGCGUUGGGUGUGAGGGAGGUUCACCCGGCCGUCUGGGACUCGGUCAACUGGGAGCUGUCUACCACGUACUUCACCAUGGCCACGCUGCAGCAGGAUUACGCCCCGCUCUCGCGGAAGGCCCAGGAGCAGAUCGAGAAGGAGGUGAGCGAGGCCAUGCUGAAGUCUCUGAAGCACUGCGACGUGGACACGGCCUCGGCCCGCCAGCCUCUCUGCCAGUACCGGGCCGCCACCAUUCACCACCGGCUGGCCUCCAUGUACCACAGUUGCCUGCGGAACCAGGUGGGGGACGAGCCCCUGAGGAAGCAGCACCGGGUCCUGGCGGAGCUACACUACGGAAAAGCGGCCAAACUGUUCCAGCUGCUGCGGGACGCGCCCUGCGAGCUGCUGCGCGUCCAGCUGGAGAGGGUGGCCUUCGCCGAGUUCCACAUGGCCAGUCAGAACAGCAACGCCGGGAAGCUGAAGACCCUGUCGGGGGCCCUGGACGUCAUGAUGAAGACGCAGCAGGCGUUCCAGCUCAUCAGGAGGGAGUUCGGGGGGCUCGACCAGGGAGCGGAGCCCCCCGGCGCGGGCGACCCCUCCGCCACCGUCAGCCGGGAAGAGGUGCUCAAGCUCCUCGGCAUCUUCGAGUCGCGCCUGGCCUUCCUCCUGCUCCAGUCCAUCAAGCUGCUGUCGGCCGGGAAGAAGAAAUCCAGCAGCGGCGGCGGCGAGGAGGAGGCCGUGCUCAAGACCAACAAGAGAAUGUACUCGCUCCUGCUCAGGGCUUCGGCCGACCGCGGCGCCUCCGUGCUCGACAGAGUCGACCUCAUCCUCCGCCUCAUGGGCCAGCUGGCCCCCGCCGCCGCCCCUCAGUGACCCGGCGGGCCCUCGGGGAUUAAACCGACCGCCUCGCGGUGAUCCCCGGUGACCCUCCACGCUUCCCAAGGGGGAAAAGGCCGGGCGGAGCGGCCCUCCGGUUCCUGGCGUUAUCACGUCUCAAGGGCUCAGCCGGGGACCGGGAGUCGGGCUUCCGGACGGCCCCGGCUCGCCGACGGCCGGGAGACGGAGUCGGGGCGCGGGGCCCGGGGGCCCCCUCGACUCCCGGUCCCCUCAACCCCCCGUGGCAGAGCCCAGCCCGUCGUCCUGCACAAAAGCCCGUGCCUUUUCCCGCCCCCUCCGGCGACGGCUCACCGGGGCCGCCGUUGCCCCCCGGGGAACGAGAGACUGUGAAUAGACAGCAAAGAUAUUUUAAAGAAAUAAAUUUAUUUAUUAAAGCCG